AUGAACCACUCCUCGAGAAGUCGCUCACGAUCUCCAAUUCCCCAAUCCUGGUAUUCAGUUGCCACAUCGUCAUCUGAUUCCUCACCACACUUACGUUCUGCCGUGGUGGAAGGAGAAUUUCCAUCCACUGUUCGAACACGAUCCGGUCGACGAAGGUAUCAAGAGAUGCUUGAAGGCACUGCAACGAGGACCAGUCGUGCGAAGAGUCGCCUGCGCCGUAGUCCUCGCUCCCUUGUCCCGGUUGCGGCUUCAAAUGCCAUGGAUAGGGGUGUAGGUGGUAGUUCCUCUACUUUGUCUUUCAAUGCCAAAGGACCGGAUGAUUUUGUCAAUCCAAGGUCUGAAACUAAGUUGUUGAGAGAUGGAAUCUUCAAUGGCACUGAUGCUACUGCUGCCCUAACCAAAGAUUCAAACGGUGACGAUGACUGUGCCAUUUGUAGAGACCGAAAGGUCAAUCAGUCCUACCUCCUGCCUUGCAUGCAUACAUACUGUUUUCAGUGCAUUCUCCAAUGGGUACGAAUAAAUCCCACUUGUCCUCUGUGCAAGGCUCUCGUGUGGAAAAUUAUCCAUUCCAUCAAUUCUGACAGUAACUUCAAAGAGUAUGAUAUACGUUCAUCGCCUCGCAAUGUUAUCAACCUAAUGACCCCAAUAGUUAAUCUCCUUAAUACUGAUCUACAUCAAUCUCCGAUUGCUGUUUCAAAUACUCCAGACACGAUUUUCCAUCCAGAACCCCGUUCAACACUUCUAAUGACUCUUGUUUUACGUGCUCUACGCACCCCAACGAUGAGUCCGAAUUUACUGCGACGCCUAGUCUACGUCAACAGGUUUUAUACCUAUCCUACUCCUUUGCCCGCCCACUCCAACACCGUGGACACCCUUCCUUGCCUUUCCCGAUGCACAAGUCGCUCCUUUCUCGCGGACAAUGAGGCUCUACGAACGCGUCUCAUUGAUUUUACCCAAAGGGAACUAUUCUACCUUGCACCCUGGGUGGACUACAUGCAGACGAGUCGUGACGCUGUGGCGAUUCAACCACUGGGUGCGGGAAACUCGAGCCCUUCGGAGGCACUAGGUCGGUUGUCGAUGGGUAUUGUGUGCCGAAUUGCCUCCCACCUUGUGCCGCUGGCCCGGGUGGAUGAUUUCGCCGAUGCCAUCAGAAGGAUAGACGAUCGUGAUCAGGGUGGAGAUGGACUCCUAGAUUCAGUCUCCACCAAUGCCUUAAAACAUUUUAGUUGGGAGCUUCUCCAAUUCGCUAAGUUUUCUGGUACUCUGCAGGAAUACUACUCCCAAUCCUGUCUCUACGCGAAUCACUUCACUGGAGGACACAUGAGACUGGAUUAUAGUCCACCAAUGCACACUGUUGUUUACAUAACUCCAAGACCUGGUGAUGUGGCUGCUAGCGGUUUUGCAAGUUCCUUCGAUGGAGUAUCAAAGGAAACAGCACAGUGGUUAUAUCGUCACCUCUUCAAUGCACCAAGAUCUCCCUUUAUGUCACUUACCUCUCAUCCAGAUAGCAAUGUUAUUCGGAUGGCCUGCCGGACCCUUCAAUGUCCGGCUUCUUAUAACCCCAGUAGGCUCGUCAACUCGAACGACUCCGCCUACCACCUCCGGCGUCAAGGAAUACGCGGUCUCCUAUCGCGUAUGACCGAGCAGAUCUGGUCUGACGAGGUAGCACAAAUGGCGCUCUGUGAGCUGAUCGAUCAAGCGCGCAUAGGAUCUGUCAUGGAGAGGCUCACACAUCAUGGGAGACAGCUAGUUUUGCAUCGCAUCGCCAAUCUCAUCGCUUUCUUCUCGCAGCCUACUUAUGCUGUCCGCCCAAACAUCCCUCUUCCAUUAGUAGAGCCCAGAGAUCAUGGUGAGGUUUCUCAGCCUCCUGUACGACUUUCCAGACCCACAACGUCUCCUCAAGAGGCAAGUGCUGUAACGAUCGCGCUGGGAGAAGACAACUCCGACACGGAGGGGGGUAGUGACGAAGCUAUUGUUGUUUCUGAUAGUGAGGAGUCGACACAACAGUCCUCAAGUGGUUGUUCUUCUAUUCCUCGAUGCUGCGUAGAGCACAGAAAACAUUGUUGCUGUUGCUAUCGACGCAGAUCGGCAGAACAUAUGAAGCCUACCGAAUUUGCGCACAUGUUCAAGGCAUUUGUAGAGUUUUACGAGGAGCGACGCAGGAGACGGAGACUCCGUCCGCAGAUGCUGAAUAGACCCUCUUCACCCAUUGUAAUCUCAGACGAUGAUGAAGAAGAGGAUGAGCCGGAACCCCAGCCAGGUCCAUCCAGACCUCGGAAGGAGUCGCCGCAGGAAACUUCUCCACGGCAACUCAUAAAAGUGGCGGAAGAUAACCUCAUAAGAGAUUCAGAGGAACUUCCUUCAGUUAUCAUUCGUCCGACCACGGCCAAUGAAUUCUACUCCUUGUUGAAUGAGGCAAUGGACUGCGACAAGGAUGAGAUUCCAAACACCUCAGUGUCCAAUGCAUCAUGCUCCCAACCCACAGUCAAACAGGAGGAAGAACCCCAAAGACCUUCUAGACCCACCUCUGCCCCCUCAUAA